AGAUUACAGUUGUGUCAACGUCGUACGUGGCUACGGACCCAAACAGUGUAGGAAGACUCCGCCAGGAAUGCAUCAGCAAAAUGCGGAGACUACCGGUCAACACGUCAAAUACAGUUCCCGGCGUUUGAAUCUCUGAAUUUUGUACAUGAAGCUUGAGGUGAAGGACCGGAUGUUAAACAGCCUGCGUUUGAGUCAUUUGUUUGACCCGUUAGCAUCAGUACAGUUGCACUGUGCCAUUGCUAGAGGCACUUGUUUGUCUACAGGAAGCCAGCAUGGCAGAUAUCGAGUCCUCCUUUGAAUUUAGCUCAUCUUUGACCUGCUCUUCGCUGCCUCCCCCACGGACCCGAAUCUUUAAGAUCAUCGUGAUCGGAGACUCUGGAGUUGGCAAGACUUGCCUCACCUAUAGAUUCUGUGCGGGCAAGUUUCCAGACAAGACUGAGGCCACCAUCGGGGUGGAUUUUCGGGAAAAGGUUAUUGAAAUAGACGGAGAGAAAAUCAAGGUCCAGUUGUGGGACACCGCAGGCCAGGAGCGCUUCCGAAAGAGUAUGGUGCAGCACUACUACCGUAACGUCCACGCUGUGGUGUUUGUCUAUGAUGUCACCAACGCUGCUAGUUUCCGAAGCCUUCCAUUGUGGAUCGAGGAGUGCCGUCAGCAUGCCCUGGGUCAAGAGGUGCCCAGGAUCUUGGUUGGCAACAAAUGCGACCUGCGCCACGCUGCUCAAGUAAGCACAGAUGUAGCGCAGCAGUUUGCCGAUGCACACUCGAUGCCUCUUUUCGAGACCUCUGCCAAGAACCCCUAUGGAAACGAUGACGGCAGUCGGAAUAAUAGUGACCACGUGGAAGCCAUUUUUAUGACAGUGGCGCACAAGCUGAAAUCUCAGAAGCCGCUGGUGUUAAGCCAACCACCGUGCAGUGCAGGAGAUACUGUCACUCUCAGGAGGCAGGACGAAGAGGACAGGGGAACUUGGGGCUGUGGAUGUUGAGGUAAUGAAGGAGUCACCACUUUACAGGAUGGAGGUGACAAAGCUAAUGCACCUUUUAAAGAAGCAGAUUCAGAGGUGCUUUUGUGUUAUCUGUGAAGGUCUAGGGUUGUGGACACAGGACCAUGUAUUCUCAAGAUUUCUUUUUGUAUCCGGCAAUUUUAAAGGGAAAAAAACAUUCUUCCACCACUCAAACCAGAGGCUUUCAGAAGUUGCAUGUAGGCCCAUCUGUCUUACAUAUACAAGCUAAUCUGUUAUGUGUCAUUCUGUCUAGCGCAUAUCGUAUGCCACUGCCAAACACUCACUUCAUUUGCCUGCUAGUUUUAGCCAGUUAUGCAAUCCUGAUGAUUAAUUUUUUUGUCACAAUUAGAUAACUGUUCUGUUAAAUCACUUCAGCCUCCCAGGGGAAUCUGUUUGUUUGUUCUCUCAUUCUACGUAAGCCACACAUAUUAAAUGCAGGUUAUUUAUUAGUGCUGCUAAUAGGUUUUACACAAAACGAGAGAUGAAUUGUAAAGAAAAAUAAAGCUGAUAUCCUUGCCUUUCUAAAAAAGCCAGUCCUAGUCCACUGCCAUUGUUUUAUUUUUGCCAAUUUAUUUUUUCCUAGCAGUCAUUAAUCUGAACAAAAUCUAUUGUAAAACCAUCUGGACUAUGCAUGAUAACCAGUCUUUCCUGUGAAUCAUGUUGAAAUGUAGGUAAGUUAGGUAAAAAGGGACAAGAACUUGCUGACAAUAUGUACUUAAGUAUCUACAGUCAGGUUUUGUAUGUAGUACUGCUUUGUUAGGCAAAAUGAAAGUGAUCUGUAGUGUAUAAUUUCAGAUUAGUAUGAGUACCUCAUAUUAUUCAUGGCAUUACUCUGUGCAUGGCAUAAAUCUGAUUAGAAGGUUUGAUAUCAAUUUCUGUUUCAGUGUGUAAUCUGUCAGUACAAAUACAUAGAUUUGCUAAUGACUAAAUUGCCUUUCCCUUUGGCUAUCCCCUUUCCAACACUGAUAUACAGAGUGCAGUUGAAUCCAUAACAGGGAAUAUUCACUCAUGUCAUUAUGUAACCACAGCUGGUCCUGUGGAGUGCAUGAAAGAAGCUCAGGCAUGACUUUCUUUAUUUCUUUUAUGGGAAAUUGCCAAAAAUUGGUUUUGAAUAUAAUUUCUGGUUAUUUUUUUUUUUUAAAGUAGGAUGGUAAAGGGCCUGGUUAGGUUAUGCUUUGCAUUGUUUGAUUCGGAUACAAUAAUAGUGGAGCAUGUGAUUUGUUGAGGAAUUGUGCACGGUUGAUGAUGGCUUUUUAAAUGUUUAAAUGCAUAUUAAGACUUGUCUAUUUGUGCUUAAUGUUUUUGACUCUGGGUGCUGGUUGAUAUCUUAUCUGACAUAAACAUCAUGAUCAUUCAUGAUUUUUGUAGGUUCAUGCUGAAUUGGUCUUGAUAAAAACGCACUCUUGGUCUGGA